AUGUACCCAUUUACCUAUCUAUCUAUCUAUCUAUCUAUCUAUCUAUCUAUCUAUCUUUGUUCUUUAUCUAUGUAUCUAAGUCUGUCCUUUAUCUAUCUAUCUAUCUAUCUAUCUAUCUAUCUAUCAAUCACAUUCUUUAUCUCAUUCUAUUCUGAUCUAUCUAUCUAUCUAUCUACCUAUCUAUUCUGUUCUUUAUCUAUCUUUCUCAUUUUGUUAGUUAAUAUAUCUUUAUCCCGAUCUCAUUCUAUUCUGAUCUAUCUAUCAUCUAUCUAUCUAUCUAUCUAUCUAUCUAUCUAUCUAUCUCGUUCUGUUAAUAUCUAUCUGAUUGUUCAAUUCACAUUCAUUAUCUAUCUAUCUAUUCAUUAUCUAUCUAUCCCAGUGUGUUUCAUCUAUUCAUCUAUCUAUCUCAUUCUUUUCCUCCCAAUCAUAUCUAUCUAUCUCAUUCUGUUCCUCCCAUUCAUCUAUCUAUCUAUCUAUCUAUCUAUCUCAUUCUUUUCCUCCCAUCUAUCUAUCUAUCUAUCUCAUCCUGUUCCUUCUAUCUCAUUCAUCUAUCCAUCUAUCUAUUCAGGAUAUCUAUCUCAUUCUGUUCCUCCCAUCUAUCUAUCUAUCUAUCUAUCUAUCUAUCUCAUUUUUUCCUCCCAUUCAUUCAUCUAUCUAUCCAUUCAUUCAUUCAUCUAUCUAUCUAUCUCAUCCUGUUCCCUCCCAUUCAUGUAUCAUUCAUCUAUUCAUCUAUCUAUCUAUCUAUCAUAUCUAUCUAUCUAUCUCAUCCUGUUCCUUCUAUCUAUCUAUCUAUCUAUCUAUCUAUCUAUCUAUCUAUCUAUCUCAUUCUUUUUUUUUCUUUCUUUUUUUUCAUUCAUUGCUUCUUUUCUUCUUCUACAUUUCUUUCUUCCUCCUUUCUUGUCCUUAUGCCUUUCUUUUUUCUUCAUUAAUUGCUUCGUUUCUUCUACAUCCCUUCCUACCUUCCUUAUCUCUUUCUUUCUUUCUUUUUUAUUUUCCUAUUUCUUCCUUUCCUUGUCCUUUUCUUUCCUUCUUUCUUUCUUUUCCUUCCCACCUUGUCCUUCAUAUUUCUUUAUUGAUUUAAUUAUUCCUUCUUUCCUUGUCCUUUUCUAUCUUUCUUUUUUUAUCCUUUCUUCUUCGUUUCUUUCUUUAUUCAUUGCUUCCUUUCUUCCUCUACCUUUCUUUCUUGCUUGUCUAUUUCUUUUAUUUUCUUUCUUUUUUCUUCUUUUUCUCUUUCCUUGUCCCUUUCUUUUUUACUUUUUCUUUUCAUUCUUUAUUUAUUAUUUUUCCUUGUCUCUUUCUUUUCUCCUUAUUUCCUUCUUUCUUUCCUUCUUUCUUUGA